GUCUAAGCCAGAAAGAGCCUCAGUUGCAGAACAAUAUCAUAUCAUUAUUGUUCGUACAAGAAGAGUCGAGAAUUGGUGAUAGUGACCAGGGUAAUCCUAGCUGAUUCACAUCCCCGCAAACCUUAAGCCACCGACAUCACUUGAUUGCAUCUCCUCUCUUGAUAUCAUCUCAACUCUAUCAGACAAGAGGCCAAGGACUCCAAGACUGAAGACUGAGACUGACAGCCAACGACUCAUUUCACUAUGGCCGCUUGCACCACCUGCAACAAGGAAGAACCUGCAGUUCAGCUCAGGCGGUGUGCCAAGUGUUCCACCACGCCAUACUGCUCUCGGGAAUGUCAAAAGGCCGACUGGAAAGCCCACAAGAAGAUAUGUGGAAAGCAGGCAGAUUCAUUUGCUAAUGCCAACGUCCAUGAUCCAGACGAAAUGAGCCAGUCCCCAAAGAAGGGACUGGAGAAGUCUGUUCCCAACCCCUUUACUCGUCUCGAUAACGGUACUUACCUGCACAACCGUCCUGAGAAAGACGUCUAUCGACUUCUGAUUGACACCUAUCGUCUCCGUAUGGACGACAUGUACAACCUUGAAGGUCAAGCUGAUGGAGACAGUCUCUACGGCGGCGCUUCAGACGGGCUUCGGGGUUUUCAACGUUUCUUACGACAAGCAUCAGUUCGAAGAGGAGUACUUCCUUCAUGGUGGACGCCAGAGAAGCAGCAGGAGUGUGAAGUAUUAGGAAUGGACUCGAGUCAGUGGCAGAACUUGACGAGGACGACGAGUAAGCAGGAGAUUAUCGACUAUUAUGGGGAUCCUCGUUUUCCUAUGCAGUUGCGUAUGCUUGGAGAGGCUGUGUAUCUGAGCGCCCCUGGAGGAGGUGAUGGUUCACAGAUGAGAAAGAUGAUGGCUGCGAUGGAGGGAGGUUGAAUGGAAAGGAUGAGCAUGAUGGAUGCUUCGUCGUUCCGUCGCUGAGGGUGUUAGAGCACAUCUGGAUCCAAUGUUCUGCAAAAGUUGUAUAUGGUAUGCGUCUCACUAUGCCAAAAAGUUGACCAAUAUUUAGUUCUGCGCCUAUAUUGACGGGUUGGUGCCCAGCACAAAUCCUAAAAACCUUCAUGAGUCAAACAAUCAAACUCAAAAGUUGUUCUCCAUCCAUACUC